AUGUUUCUGGUUGCAGUGCCGGCGAUAAAUGGUACGGUCCGGUCGGAUGAAGGCGGGGAUGGUAUCCGUAUGAUAGACUUUAAUGCUUUAUCUUUGAAUAAAGGAGUGGUGAAAGAUUUUUGGAUAGACACAGGGUGGAGUUUUGAAUGGCGUCGUGAGGUUUGCGCAGGUGCUAAGUUGGAUCAGCUUCAAGAUUUGCAAGUGGAGAUACAUCAAAUUCAUUUAAAUUCGAAUAAGGAUUCGUGGGGCUGGCAUCUCGAUGGUGAGGUGGAGUAUUUUGUAGCUUCUCGUAGAGAAGCUUUGGAUGUGGGGCUUUACCAAUUAUGCCGGUUUGAAAUCGGAUUCUUAUGGUGCUGGGACUCCCAAACUUUGAUUUCAAUACCAUUUUGUUUCAAACACCCAACCCUAAAACGCAUCCUCUGUAAUACGACGCCACCUCUCCAUCGACGCAACUUCUUCUACCCUCUCCAUCACCGGUCUCCGGCGCUUCUCCUUCCUUCGCCGGAAUUGCUGUCCCAUCGAAGUCUUCAUUCUGCCUUCUUCAGAUUUUCCUUCUCUAUCACCAGAUUGUGUCACAGAAGAAGCAAAUCUCAAAUGGACAAAAGUAUGCUCGGAGAUCUGGGGAAUCUUCCAGCGGAGGAUCAGGCUCGAAUGGCCACCAUGAUCGACCAGCUUCAAAUCCGUGACAGUUUGAGAAUGUAUAACACGCUUGUGGAGAGAUGCUUUACAGAUUGUGUGGAUACAUUCAGACGCAAAACAUUAGAUAAGCAAGAGGAGACAUGUGUGAGGAGAUGUGCUGAGAAGUUCUUGAAGCAUUCCAUGCGUGUUGGAUUGAGAUUUGCAGAACUCAACCAAGGUGCAGCUACACCAGAUUAAUCCUCCAUAGCAUCUAUGGACCUCACUUUUGUAGUCUAAUAGAGUUGCUUUAGUCUUUCAAGUAAAAACACCAUAAACAUAUAGACUGAGUUUCAUAAAACUUCUUUCCAUUAACGAUUGCUUUUCUCUAUGCUAAUGCUAUUGAUUUUCUUGUGCCCUUCUUCUAUCUGUAUAUUUCACCCUUAGCGUUUGAACCUGUUUUAAUGGUCCAAAAACUAUCAUGUAAUAAACGUACAUUUAUCUAAACCCCUUUAAAAGGCUUGUAAAUGGGU